AUGUCAGUCUCAUCAAAGAAUUUCUCUAGCAAAAAAUCAGUUAAUAAUGUAGUGGAUAAUAGUAAUGAUCCAGCUGAAAUGAAAUAUUUGCGUCCAUCAGAUAUUAAUUCAAAAGAUCGUAUUGCCGACGCUACAACAGCUAAUGAAUGGGCAGCAAAAAAAUAUGUUUGGGUACCUGAUGAACAAGAAGGUUUUAUACGUGGACAAAUACGUCAAGAACAAACUGAUGGACAAUUAUUAAUUGAUUUAGAAACUGGUAAACGUAUUACUAUACAUAAAGAUGAUACACAACGUGUUAAUCCACCAAAAUUUAGUAAAGUUGAAGAUAUGUCAGAAUUAACUUGUUUAAAUGAUGCAUCAGUAUUAUUUAAUUUAAAAGAACGGUAUUAUUCGGGACUUAUCUAUACAUACUCAGGUUUAUUUUGUGUUGUUGUUAAUCCAUAUAAACGUUUACCUAUUUAUUCUGAAAAUGUUAUUGAUAUAUAUAAAGGAAAAAAACGUGAACAAAUGCCACCACAUAUAUUUGCUAUUGCUGGUGAUGCAUAUCGUUUAAUGUUACAAAAUCGUGAAGAUCAAUCAAUUUUAUGCACUGGUGAAUCUGGUGCUGGUAAAACUGAGAAUACAAAAAAAGUUAUACAAUAUUUAGCUUAUAUUGCUGCAGCACCGAAAAGCUAUCAACGAAUGUCAGGUGGUAGUAUUAGUCAAUACCAGCAAAUAAAUACAAAAUUAUCUGAUGGAUCUGGUGAACUUGAAACUCAACUUCUUGAAGCUAAUCCAAUACUUGAAGCUUUUGGUAAUGCUAAAACGGUGAAAAAUGAUAAUUCAUCACGAUUUGGUAAAUUUAUUCGUAUAAAUUUUGAUACAUCCGGCUUUAUUGCUGGUGCAUCAAUUGAAACCUAUUUAUUAGAAAAAUCUCGUGCUAUUCGUCAAGCUAAAGAUGAACGAACAUUUCAUAUAUUUUAUCAAUUAUUACGUGGUGCUAAUACGAAAAUGAUUACGGAUUAUUUAUUAGAAGAUUUUACACGUUAUCGUUAUUUAACACAUGGUAAUAUAACAGUAACAGGUAUUGAUGAUGCACAAGAAUUUCAACAUACAGUUAAAGCAAUGCAAAUAAUGAAUAUAUCAACUGAUGAACUUAAUUCAAUAUUUCGUACAAUAUCAGCUGUUUUACAAAUGGGUAAUAUGCAAUUUAAACAAGAUCGUAAUAGUGAUCAAGCAACAUUACCAGAUAAUACAGUUGCACAAAAAGCUUGUCAUCUCUUAGGUAUACCGGUAACAGAUUUUGUUCGAUCAUUUUUAAAACCAAAACUUAAAGUUGGAAGAGAUUUUGUUACAAAAGCACAAACACAAUCUCAAGUUGAUUUUGCUGUUGAAGCAAUAUCAAAAGCUAUUUAUGAACGUAUGUUUAAGUGGAUUGUAGCACGUAUAAAUAAAUCAUUUGAUCGAAGUAAACGACAAGGUUCAUCAUUUAUUGGUAUACUUGAUAUAGCUGGUUUUGAAAUCUUUCAAAUGAAUUCAUUUGAACAAUUAUGUAUUAAUUAUACGAAUGAAAAAUUACAACAAUUAUUUAAUCAUACAAUGUUUAUACUUGAACAAGAAGAAUAUCGUCGAGAAAGUAUUGAUUGGGAAUUUAUGGAUUUUGGUCUUGAUCUUCAACCAACAAUUGAUCUUAUUGAGAAACAAAUGGGUAUUUUAAGUUUAUUAGAUGAAGAAUGUUGGUUUCCAAAAGCAACUGAUCGAACAUAUGUUGAUAAAAUAAUAAAUGCUCAUGCUCAACAUCCAAAAUUCGGAAGACCAAAUUAUCGAGCACCAGCUGAUUUUAGUAUAAUUCAUUAUGCUGGUAAAGUUGAAUAUUCAGCUGAACAAUGGUUAAUGAAAAAUAUGGAUCCAUUAAAUGAUAAUGUCGUAGUACUUUUACAAACAUCGAAUGAUCCAUUUACACGUGAAAUAUGGAAAGAUGCGGAAAUUGUUGGUUUAUCAGCAACAGAUCAAAAUGAUGCCGCAGCAAAUUUAAAAUCAACUAUAAAGAAAGGAAUGUUUAGAACAGUUGGUCAACUUUAUAAAGAACAAUUAACGAAAUUAAUGAGUACAUUAAAAAAUACGAAUCCAAAUUUUGUUCGAUGUAUUUUACCAAAUCAUCAAAAAAAGGCUGGUGUUAUUAAUCCACCACUUGUACUUGAUCAAUUAAGAUGUAAUGGUGUACUUGAAGGUAUUCGUAUCUGCAGGAAUGGUUUUCCAAAUCGAAUUCUAUUCCAAGAAUUUCGUCAACGUUAUGAAAUUCUUUGUCCAAAUGUUAUUCCAAAAGGAUUUAUGGAUGGCAAAGCUGCGGCACAAAAAAUGAUAAAAGAACUUGAUCUUGAUGAAAAUCUCUAUCGAAUUGGUCUUACAAAAAUCUUCUUUCGUUCAGGUGUUCUUGCUCAUUUAGAAGAAGAACGUGAUCUUAAAUUAACUGAUAUUAUUACUCAUCUUCAAGCUUUAUGUCGAGGUGUACUUGCUCGAAAAAAUUAUCAACGACGUUUUCAACAAUUAAAUGCAAUUCGUGUUAUUCAACGUAAUGGUCGUGCUUUACAGAAAAUUCGAAAUUGGAGAUGGUGGCGUUUAUUUACAAGUAUAAAACCAUUAUUACAAGUAACGCGAACAGAUGAAGAAUUAAGUCAAAAACAAGAUGAAAUACGUCGGUUAAGAACAGAAAUGGAAUCACGUGCAGCACAAGUACAAGAAACUGAACAAGUUUUACAACAAGUUCAACAAGAACGAACUAUUCUCAAUGAACGUCUUAUGCAUUUCAAUGAAGUUUUAGUUGAAUCAGAUGAAAAUUUACGUCGAGUACAAUCACGUAAAUAUGAACUUGAAAAUAUGUUACAAGAAAUGGAACAACGUUUAAGAGAAUCAAUUGAUCAAAUUAAUCAUUGGGGUACUGAACGAAAACAAUUUGAUCAAAGAAUACAUGAUUUAACUGAUCAACUUGAAGAAGAAGAACAAACUCGUCAAAAAUUACAAAUUGAGCGUGUACAAUUAGAAGGAAAAAUAAAAAAUCUUGAAGAUAUUGUAGCUAGACAACAAAAUGAAUUUGCUAAAGUACAAAAAGAACGUAAAUUUCUUGAGGAUAAACUUCAAGAAAUUGGUCAUCUACGGCAAGAUGAAGAAGAAAAAUUAAAAAAUCUUCUUCGAAUUAAAACGAAACAAGAAAGUCAUUGUAAUGAUCUCGAAGAAAGAUUAAAACGUGAAAUGGAGCUUCGUCAAAAACUUGAAUGUGAAAUUCGACGACUCGAAGGUGAAAAUCAAAUUAUUCGUGAUCAACUACAAGAUCGUUUACACGAUAAUAGUGAUUUACAAGGACAAUUACAACGAACACGAGAUGAAUUAAAAAAAGCUAUAACAGAUAUUGAAGGUGAUGCAGCAACAAAAGCAGCAUUUCAAAAACAAAUACGUGAUUUUCAAUCAAAACUUGAUGAUUUACAAGCUGAUAUGGAAGGUGAACGUGAAUCACGUAAACGUUUAGAGCGUGAAAAACGUGGAUUAAUUGAUGAAAUUGAAUCAUUACGUCAUGAAAUUCUCGAUACAACAGAUAUAAGUCAUGAAAUGCUUGAACGAGAAAAAAAACGUGAAGAAGAAUUAUCGACAUUAAAACGUUUAUUAGAUCAAGCACAUAAGGAUCGUGAAAUCACCGCUGCUGAUUUACGUUCCAAACAUGCGAAAGAAAUUGAUGAAUUAACAACUCAUUUAGAAACAACAAAAAAACAAUUACAAACAUUUUCCAAAGAUCGUCAAACAUUUCAAAAUGAUAUUAAAGAUCGUGAUAAUCAAAUAAAAGAUUUAAAUGCAUUAAAACAAGAUACGGAAAGAAAACGAAGACAAUUAGAAACACAACUUCAAGAUCUUCUACAUAAAUUUAAUGAAAGUGAAAGAAUUAAAACUGAAACAUUAGAUAAAUCACAACGUUGUCAACAAGAUAUUGAAAGUUUAAAUGCAGCUUAUAUUGAAGCUGAACAACGUUUACAAAAUAAUGAACGUACUAUAACAACACUUAAACAAGAAAAACAAGAAUUACAAGAAAGUCUUCAAGAAGAAAAUCGUCAAAAAAUGAAUGUUUUACAAAAGAUUCGUCAAGCAGAAGAUUUACUUAAUGAAUUUAAAGAUCGAUUAGAAGAUAAAGAAGAAGAACGUCUUAAAGUUGAAGCAAAAUUUGGACAAUUAUCACAACAAUUUAAUGAAUUACGUCAUGAAAAUGAACUAAUUAAUGUUGAACAAGUUGAAGAAUUACGUCGACAAAUCCAACGUGAAAAAGAUACUAUUUUUGAAGAACUUGAAAAUGAAAAAUUAACUAAUAUAAAAUUCUCGAAAUCAAAUCAAAAACUAACAAAUGAUAUUGCUGAUCUUAAUGUUGAAUUAGAACGUUAUCGUACAAUUGCACAAAAUGUUGAAAAACAACAACGUACAUUUGAGAAAAAAAUGCAAGAUGAAAAAAUUCUUCAAGAAAAAUUACGUCAAGAACGUGAUAAAAUUGAAAAAGAAUUACGAGAAAAAGAAACUCAACGUUUAAAUUUAUUAAAAGAUUUAGAAGAACGAAAUAUGAUCUAUGAAGAAUUAGAUAAACGUUAUAAACAAUUACGUGAAUAUGUUGAUAGUACAAGUCAAGUUACAGAUGAUGUUGGAAGAUAUAUUCAAGAACUAGAAAAAGCUAAACGAACUCUUGAAUCAACUGUUGAAGAUCAAAAACAACAGAUAACUGAAUUAGAAGAUGAAUUACAGACCUCUGAAGAUGCUCGUUUACGACUUGAAGUUAAUGUUGGUGCAUUGAAACAACAAGUCGAAAGACUUGCACUUGAUUAUAAUGCUGAAGUUGAAGAGCGUGUACGUUCAGUAAGUAAACGAUUAAAAGAAUGUGAAAUUGAUUUUCAAGAAGAACAAAAAUCUAAACAACAAAUUGUUCAACAACGUAAAAAACUUGAAAUUGAUUUACAAAAUGCUUUUCUACAAAUUGAAGAAGCUAAUCGAGGAAAAGAAGAAGCUUUACGUUCUAGUCGUAAAUUACAAGCUCAAAUACGUGAUUUAACACGUGAUUUAGAAGAAAUUAGACGUAUUGAUACUGCAGCACAUCAAACUGCUAAAGAUUGGCAAGCAAAAGUAAAAGCAAUUGAACAAACUAUUCAACAAUUAACUAUAGAAAAAGAUACUAUGGAACGGCAACUUCGUCAAGCUCAAUCUGAACGUAAUGAACUUCAACAAGAAAUAGCAACUCUUAGUAGAGAAUGGGGUACAGUUAUGGAUGAAAAACGUCGACAUGAAGCACGUGUUGUUCAACUUCAAGAAGAACUUGAAGAAGAACGAACAACAUCUGAUUUAAAUGUUGAAAAAUUAAAAAAAUUAGCAAUGUCUUAUGAACAAACGUUAAUGGAUAUUGCAACUGAAAAAGGAAAUAAUGAAAAACUUGAAAUUGUUGUUGGAAAUCUUGAACGUCAAAUUCAAGAUUUACGUAAAAAAUUAGAAAGUAAUGAUGGAUCAGUAAGUGAAGGAUUAAGAUCAAGAAUUACAUCAUUAGAAGCAAAAUGUCAUACAUAUGAAGAACAACUUGAAACUGAAGUUCGCGAAAGACAAAAAGCUUUACGAAAUGUACGUUCACUUGAAAAACGUCUUCGGGAAGCUGGAAUUGUUGUUGAAGAAGCUCAAAAACAAGUGAACAGUUAUAGAGAACAACUUGAUAAAGCUAAUGUACGUGUACGUGCUUCAAAACGUACAAUAGAUGACUUAGAAGAAAAAUUAUCUGAAAUGAAACAUCGUCUACGUCGAGCACAAAGAGAAAACGAUGAGAUUGAAGAAAAUGCUUUUCCACGAAAUCGUCCAUCUACACUUCAUAAUUCUGCAACAUCUUACAUAAAAGCUUUUGUAACAACAACGAAAUUUUAUUCUGAAAUGUCAGAUGAUGAUUUUCAAUCUGAAGCAACAAAUACAACUGCUUCAGAUACUCUCAAUGGUGGAAAUACAUCUUUACGAAACAGUACAGCUGAUGAUUUUAAUAAUGGAAAUCGUUAG